AUGUCGUCUGUGGUCAUCCCUCAUUUCAUGGUUCGUUUUCCAAAAGCAUCUGGCAUCCGUUUGGAGACGUCGACGUCGACAACGACAACUGAAAAGCAAAAGCAACGCACAAAAUCAAUCAUUGCUCGUAUCGCUGCUUCUCUCGUAUCCUCCACAAAACACAACCACUCCUCAACGACACAACAAUGCCCUUCCCAUUGCAACAACAAAAAGCAGCUCCUUACCGAUCCAGUCCAUGCUUUGCCGUAUGACAUUGUCUGCCUGAUCCUUGACCAAUUGGCACUACGCGAUCUCUUGUGUUGUCUCAAUGUCAGCUCUUUAUGGUCCGAUUGCAUAAUACAAUGGCCCCAUCUGUGGAAUCGACUUGUGGAAGAAUUGCCUACCUUUGACAGAACGUUUGCCAAUGCAGUGCUAAGAGAUACCACCACGACCACGUUUCGCUUGACAGGACCAGCCAAAUCGGAUAUGACAGAAGGGCUUUUGCAGUUGCUACGCUACGUAGGCACACGGUGUGAGCGAUUGACAUUCGAUCAUUUGAAUCUUUCCUAUCAACCUCAAUUGAUGAGCCAUAUCUUUGCAAGGAAUACAAGGUUACAGACAUUGACACUACUCGAUUGCUCUAUGGACGUUCGCCAAUUGCAUGAUCUGUUUGAGACGGCAGGACCACAUCUUAAGCAGCUCAUGCUUCGGGAGAUGCAAUGGACCACCAUCCCUUCUUGUUCCUUUGAUCACCAUGAGAACAACGACCAUCAUCAGCGUUCGGCAUUAUUAUCUGAUCAACAUCACCCAUUUCUAAAACGAGAGCGAUUAUGGUGCCGAUCCUUAAUGAGGAGCAAUAGCAAAACAGGAGCAUGCUACUACGCGCUUACAAGGCUGAGAUUAUCAUUUAUUGCUCAUGGAUCACCCACAGUGGGAUACCGGCGAUCGGCCGAUGAUGGGGGUUAUUGCGAUUCCACAUUACAACAGCUCCUUGGCAAGGCAUUGAUGCGAUGCGUGCACCUGGAAUACCUGCAGUUGGAUGUGCGAGAUCCAUGUAAUCAUGCAUUACUUGUACAACAAGCAAUUAAAACAAGUCGGCGUCUCACUCAUUGCAUUGUCUCCCCUGAUUGCGACAUUCCACGUGACACUGUGCUGGCGUGCUGGCACAAUGACGCUAUUACUACUACUACAACAACAACAUCGACGACUCGUUCAGUGCAACAAGGCUUGAAAGUAUUGGUGAUGACGGCUGGAAAAAGUGGACGUAUUGGAUGUCAAAGUGGGAAAUCGAUUCUUGCAAAGACACAUCGAACACUUGAACUGAUGUAUCUUCAUUAUGAUGAUUUGGUGGUAACGGCGGCUGCCCUGGUGGCGACCCCUUCCCAUUGUUUCAAGGAUGGCUUUCCUUUUCUCAGAGAAUUACGCCUAUCAACUGAAGAACGAUUAUGGGGAAGCAACAACCAUGCAUAUAAUAACAGCAGCAGUAGCGGCCAUAGCAGCAUGAUUCAAUACGGCUCUUCAGAUAUCAUAUCAUCAUCCACACCAACACUCAAUCCCAAUGGCGGUGGUGGCAAUAGCAGCAACAACAACAAUAACAACAACAACAGCAACAGCAGCAAUCGAAGGUUGACCAUUGAGAAGGCAUUAGCGUUGAUGCUUGCACAAUGUCCAGCACUGCAAGUCUUUAUUCUUGAAUACACGCUUGGAUGGCAAUCGGGUGGAUUGGAGGAGGGAAUCAGUGAUCCAUUAAGAAUCGAUCAAGAAGGAUUACUUGCUAUGGCCAAAGGAUGUCCACAAUUACGACACGUUGAGCUGAUGGGACAAUACUUUCUACCGGUGUGGGGUCUCUUGCAAUUUAGCAAAGUGGGUGGUAAUCAAUUGGAGCGUAUCAAGCUUUCCUUUGCAGAUCGUAUGACAGAUCAAGACUUUGUGGAGAUGACGGUGAAUAUGCCACGCUUACGAUGGAUCGAUUAUCGCACAGAAAGUAGACGACCUCUUGACGUACCACAAGCCAAUGCUCUCUUGCAUCAACGAGGAGGUGCCGUACGUUUAGUGUAA